GGUGUUACCUUGACGACUCAAGGCCAUGUCAGCUCAGUUCCUCCUAUCAUCUCUGACAGAUAGAUAUCAGGAAAAGAAAGUAUCAGCACCGUCCCUCAGCUAUACCUUUCAAGAAACACAGACGCGUACAGAGACAGUGGUGACCGGACAAAAUGAUCGUGCUGCCACUGGCAUGGACACUGCUGACGGCAUCGCUGUGGACAUUAGGUUCGAGCCAGAUCCUGCAGCGAGAACCCGUCAAGAUUCGUUAUCCCGAGAUCCUCAGCACAGAGGCUAUUGAGUGUGACUGCGUUAACAUCUCAUGUGACUCUGUCUACUGGUUCCGCAGUAUUCACGACCACCGCAAAGUAGAGUUCCUCGGCAAAUGCAACAACGCUGACCGUACUAGCCACGGGGCUAAUGUGGACACAACACGCUUCAAAUUAAGCAGGCAGAGCAUGUCCUUUACGCUACGCAUCAUCAACGUGACAGAGAAGGACACAGGGAUUUAUUCUUGCGUUCUCAAGGACAGGCAAAACACAGAAAUGUGGAAGCCCGGGAUUCUUCUUCGGCCAGGAGUGGUCCAUCCAACAUUAGCUCCUAAGACAAAACCCAAACCACCAGUCAAGUCAGUGUGCCGCUGCCCUACGGAGAGUCCUUCACAGGUUGCUGCAGAUGGCUGCGGCUCCUUGGUUCUGUGGCCAUCGGUUGGACUUGUUGCGGCCCUGGCUCUAGCGCUCAUCUGCACACUGUACUACUUUAGCCGGCUACCCAAAAAAUGUCGGCACCACUUGGUGAAGAGGAGGUAGUUGAGCCGACAGUUCUGCAUCUACAGCUUGUAUCUGACUGAAGGUUUAAGUAACAUCCAGUGGAGCAUGAAGAAGAUGAAGAUCCCUGAAGAACACCUCUGCUAACGACAUGUCCUGUUCAUUAACAGCUAAAUGUUUGCCAGUCGGAGAAGACUUUCAUGCUUUCAAGAGCAGCAACCAUGUGUAGCAUAUUAUAAUAUAUUGGCUGUUUUUUGUUAAAUAACUUACAAGACAGCUCCAGAGCUUCGCCAUGUUCAAUUCUAAACUCUGUGCUAUAACUUUAAGUCGAUUACAUGUUGUUGUUUUUUUUUUGUCAAUAUGCAGAUGACAUCAUCAUUUAUCCAGGUGCUUUUUCAAUUAAGCCGGUCUUGUGAUCUGUAGCAUUGGUUUUAAAAUGAUUAUUAUUUCAGAACAAAAAAUUGCAGUUUUCCAAAUCCCAAAGCUAAUCUGUUUAUUUACAUACAAAAAAACACAGCUGAAAUCAAAUACAGUGUAUUUGCUCAUUUGCUUUUGACUCUCUUCGUUAUCUAUUUGUGUUUUUGUUUCAAAAUAGCACUGUCAGGUUUCAGGAAGGAUAAUUCUGUUAAAUCAAUA